AUGGACGCCAUCAAGCUUCUCGCCCACCACGCCGCCGCUGCCCUCAACCUAGGCGGCAGCCACGAUGCAGAGACGCAGUUGACGGCACCUUCCGAGGAGGCGUACAACACUCUCAAGCAAAAGUACGAGAAGGCUGGUCAAGGACAAGUCUUCAGCUUCUGGCACGCGCUCAGCGACCACGAGAAGGGCAGCCUGUACCACCAGCUCGAACCCAUCGACCCAGGAUACAUCAACAACAUCACCAACAAGGCGUUACCCCCACCGAAGCCCGCAUCCGAAGACCAGACACCGAACCUCGAGACCCUCCCCGACAAUGCUACCACAUCCACGAUUGACAGCGAGGAGGCUUUGCUGCACAGCUGGCACGAGUCAGGCCUCAAGCUGAUCUCGGAGAACAAGGUGGGUGUGGUAUUGAUGGCAGGAGGUCAAGGUACACGAUUGGGAAGCUCGGCGCCAAAGGGUUGCUACGACAUUGAGCUCCCAAGUCACAAGAGUCUGUUCCAGCUACAGGCAGAGCGCAUUGGCAAGCUGCAACAAUUGGCCAGCAAGAUCCACGACAAGAAAGAGGUGACGAUCCCAUGGUACAUCAUGACAUCUGGUCCUACAAGAACGCCAACACAAGACUUCUUCGAGGAGAAGCAGUACUUUGGCCUGAACCGCAACAACGUCAUCUUCUUCGAGCAGGGAGUGCUGCCAUGCGUCACCAUGGAGGGCAAGAUCCUGCUUGAGAGUAAGGGCAAGGUUGCACUUGCUCCAGAUGGCAAUGGCGGUCUGUAUGCUGCCCUCAUUGGCUCGGGUGUUGUUGGAGAUAUGGAGAAGCGUGGUGUCAAGCAUAUUCACGCGUACUGCGUGGACAACUGCUUGGUGCGUGUCGCGGAUCCCACAUUUAUUGGCUUCAGCGCAGAGAAGGAUGUCUCGAUCGCAACCAAGGUGGUGCGAAAGCGUAAUGCCAAGGAGAGCGUCGGCUUGAUCCUGCAGAAGAACGGCAAGCCAGACGUGCUGGAGUACUCUGAGAUCGACCAAGAGACUGCAGAGGCCAAGGACUCCAAAGACUCCAGCCUUCUCAAGUUCCGCGCCGCCAACAUCGUCAACCACUACUACAGCUUCGACUUUCUCAACUCCAUCCCAGAGUGGUCGCACCGGCUGCCACAUCACGUCGCCAAGAAGAAGAUCCCGACUGUCGACGACAAGGGCAACCCCGUCAAGCCGGAGAAGCCGAACGGUAUCAAGUUAGAGCAGUUCGUGUUUGACUGCUUCCCAUUCUUGUCCAUGGAUAAGUUCGCCUGUAUGGAGGUCAAGCGCGAGGACGAGUUCUCGCCGCUCAAGAAUGCAAAGGGCACUGGCGAAGACGACCCAGACACCUCACGCAAGGACAUCCUCAAGCAAGGCCAACGUUUCCUCGAAGGCGCAGGCGCGAUCGUGGUCAGCGAGAGCGAGGAGACAGGUGUCGAAGUCUCACCUCUCAUCUCCUACGCCGGCGAAGGUCUCGAGUUCUUGAAGGGCCGUGAGAUCAAGGCGCCUGCCGUCAUUGAGAAGGAGCAAGAUUGA